ACUUUCUCAUCUCACUGUGUCCUUCCUUCUGAUGGAGACUCGCUCAGCUUCACUGUCACUGCUGAUUUCUCUUCUGAGGACCUGAGAAAUGAGCUGUCAUGUCUGAAAAAGAGUUUGGAGAAGAUCAGCCAGUGGGACAUCAAGACAUCGACUUCGUCAGGAAAGAAGCUCUUAGAGGAGAUUGACACCAGAAACGAGCCACCUCUCUUUGACCUUCAUACUAAAGAUCUCCAAGAGACACAAAGACAGGCUGUGUCUGAAUCCACAAGGACUGUGGAGGCUCAGGCUUCUCCUGGAGAUCCACACACCACAGCUGUGGGCUUUGAGACUCGAUACACAGAGUUGGUGGCCAUUGAACAGGACCCUAGAAACUAUAAGAAGACUGAUCCUGAACUUAUGAAAACUGGGAGGAUCCAUGAAGAGCUCAUGAAGAAAGGAGCAGCAGAGAAAUGUGAACGAAUCUGGAUUGAGCAGCUGUUUAAAAGAAGGCCUGUAAGUGUAAAUCCAGUCAACAUCAUAGUGGUCAGUGGGAUGAUGGGAAUAGGGAAAACCACCAUGGUUCAGAAGAUCAUGUAUGACUGGGCCAGAGGCACUCAGUACCAGAGGUUUGCUUUUGUGUUCCUGUUUAAAUUUAGAGAGCUUAACCUCCUAGACAAUGAGAAUGAGCCACAAAUGUCACUGACCAAACUGAUUGAAAGGCACUAUAAAUAUCUCAGUAAUGAUCCACUGAAAGACGUUCUGAAGAAUCCUGAAACUCUCCUGUUUAUAUUCGAUGGGCUGGAUGAGUACAAACACAAACUGGACUUCACCCAGAGUCAGCUCUGCUCAAACCCAGACAUUGAGGUGCCUGUCCAUAUCCUGGUCACCAGUCUGGUCAGUCGGACAUUACUGAAGGGCUGUUCAGUCCUGAUAACAAGCAGACCAACAGCGCUGGAAGCCAUGGAUAUGGAAAGAGUCGAUCGGUUUGUAGAGAUCCUGGGGUUCUUCCCUGAACAAAGGCUGAUGUACUGUAAGAAGUUCUUUGGUGACGCUGCUCUGGCUGCUCAGGCUUUUCAGUAUGUCAAGGAGAACACCAUCCUGUACUCAAUGUGCUUCAUCCCGUCGUACUGCUGGAUGAUCUGCUCUGCACUGAAGGGCCACUUCAUGACACCUGAAAAAAACAAAAGUGAAGCUCUGCAAGUAGGUCAGUGGCUCUGUGAGACUCAGAAUAAGGAGUUAAUUAGAGACACCAUUGGAAAGGAUUUAAAGAUGGACUUUAGAAACACGACUUUAUCUACUGUGGACUGUGCUGUGCUGGCCGCUGUCAUCUGCUGCUGUGGAGAACUUAAAGAACUUAAAGUGUCAGGCACACCUCUGACCACCGAGUGCAUUAAGAGACUGGAGCCGGGGCUCAGCUGCUGCAGUAAAGUCUGGUGAGUGAUGCGACUUUGACGAGUUUUAUCUGUCAGUAAUGGCACUUUGUGUCAGGGCACUGAGCUCCACUGUCAUAGGACCUUCUAAUAAGCCCCACCCACUCAACAGGAGGUGA